AUGCACAUCACCGACAUCCCGUACGAAAUCCUUUCUAAGAUCCUAGAGGAAGCUGCCAAAGCCAACAUACGCGAUGGCCCGACCUACACCUUCGGGCUGUCCCAGCCGCCCAUGCCUGGCCUGAGGCCGUCUCUCCAGCGCUUCGUGAGGGGACCUGUGCCGACUGAGAUGCUCCGGUGGGAUGCAACUUCGGCGAUGCGCUUGGUCUGCUGGCAAUGGCAUGAGUGGGCUUUGGAGUAUGCCCUCAAGGACGUCUACAUUCGCCGCUGGAAGGGCGGAGAGCGAUGGGCUGAGCUGUCCUGCCGCCGCGAGAACUACGGGCUGUACGAGCUGAUCGACAAACCAACCGGCACCGCUGUCUACCGCGACCCGUUCGGUUCCUUGAGGCAAACCGUCAAGACGUUCAACGAGUUCCCGGGCGUAGCUGCUAAGAUCAAGCGCAUGUGGUUCAACGGAUUCUACACCGCCCAGACCGACCGCAUGGUCUUCGAGUCACUGCGAAACUGCACGAACCUGACAUCUGUGUCGCUUCCCUGGACCACCAUCCGCCAUCUCGAUGCGCAAGCAUGGCGGACCCUGCUUCUGGGCAGCGGAAAGCCGCUAGAGUCUUUGGAGCUGCUCGCGACAGACCCAACCUCGCAACAAGCUGCCGAGGCAGAGAAUCAGCUCGACUUGGAGCCGCUGCAGUCCGUCAACUUCGGCAUGCUAAGACGCCUCAAAAUCUUCGGCGACACUACUUUCAAGCCCAUUACCGACCGCGACCUGUUCGACAUUGCACGCACGGCGACUCACCUGGAGGAGUUUUACAUGACUUGCAUUUCCACCAUAACAAUCGACGGCGUCGUAGCUAUCGUGAAAGCUGCGCGUCAGACUCUCCGGGUUCUGGAGCAUAGCCCGCGGUCUCAGGAUGGCUUCUGGCACCCUCACCCCGGCUCUCCCUCCGACUCGGAGCACCUGUGCGAGCUUUUCCGAAGCUGCCCAAAGUUGGAGACGCUAUCGAUCUCCCUGCCUUCGGUAUGUGCGGACUUGUUCUCCGACCAUAACGCGAGGUUCAAUGGCGAUCUCCAGGUCCGAGCCCUACAUUUGUGUGGGCACGAAGACGGCCGCUCUACGCAAGAGGCCGCCACAGACCUGGAGAAGUUGCUCCAGGAUGCUCGGAAGUUCAUUAGCCGCAAAGCUGCCAGCGUUGUUCCGAGGGAUCUUUACGUGGAGCUUUUCUUUGCAGACUGCAUUUUUGAACCCAGCUUGAAGCUGGUACACGGCGACUUUUCUCUUGCUCAAUUGUCUUCCGAUGGAACAUGGCCAGGCGCCCUGAACUACAGCGGAAAAGGACCUUACGGCUCCACUGGCUUGUAUGAGAAGGAGGAAGAGGGUCCCUUCCAAAGCAUGGACGAAGAUGACUUCUUGACCGGUGUCCGACGCCGCUUUCUUUCCAUCUCGACCUAA